GGGAGUGUUGAGUAAGAGAGGCGCCGUCGCCGGCAGUCGAGGGUCCAACUCCGCGGAAGAAAGUUGACGUCGGCCGAGUAUACUCGUGUUUGUUAACAUUACAUUGGUGCUGGCUGCUAGUGAGAUCUAUGUAUAAUGAGGGCGCAUUGCACCUUAAUAUUAUUGGCGGUGCUGAGCGCCGUGAACUCGGAGAAUAGCACGCUGGAGGACACGUGCGAGCCCGUGUGGGACGGGUCCUUCGGCGCGCUGCUCGAGGACUGGGCUACUGAACCCGCUUCCCCCAGACAAGGUCGUAUAAUGGCCCUGCCGUCCACAAAGGGCUACUACGUGACGGAGCGAAUCGACAGCCCUUUGGUGCCGCCACCCCCGCCGCACCCCGUUGCGGGGUCCGGCCCGAGCCGGCCCAUCCCGCUGCAGAGUCCGCAGCACUACGGCAGCGCCCCGCCGCAGGGCUAUAACGGCCCGCACGGGUACAACGAGUGGGACGCGCCGGGAAACGGGAAAAUUGUCAAUAAACCGCCGAGUCCUUAUAAGGACAAGUUUAGGCCGAGCUAUGCACAAGGCGGCACGCGUCCGCAGCCGGCCAACAGCAUCGACCGCGUAGACGAGCCGCCGCGCAAGCAGGUGACGGAGACCGACCUCUACCUGCUCAGCGCCAUCGAGAAGCUCGUCUACCGCGCCGACCUCAUGGAGAAGCGCCUGCGCAAGCUUGAGGAGAGCUUACAUUAUGUCGUCGCCGGCGCCGAGGCUAAACCCGAGCCGUGCAUGGCGAACUACACGCGCGUGGGCAGCGGCUGCUACCAAUGGUCGCGCGAGGCGGCGGACUGGAAGGGCGCCAGCCUGGCGUGCCGGCGCCAGCGCGCCGCGCUGCUCGAGCUGGCGCCGCCCGACCGCCGCGCGCUGCUCGCGCACACGCUCGCCGACCGCCAGCUCAGCGGCGAGGACUUCUGGACGGGCGGGCUGAACCCCGGGCUGCUGUGGAUCUGGUCGCACUCGGCGCGGCCCGUGGAGGCGGCGCGCAACGACACCGCCAUCCCGGGCGAGGGCCGCUGCCUCGCGCUGGCCCACUCCGCCGCCGGCGGGUACGCGCUGCGCGGGCGGGACUGCGCGCACAGGCUGCGCUACGUGUGCCAGAAGGAGGAGGACAAGACCACGCUCAGCAACGAGAUCGAGAAAUCCGCUCGCAGCCUGCGCUUGGACGGAGCGAGGAAAGCCAAGUUGCUUUGGGACCGCGCGGACGAUUAGAGAAACACUAUGUACUAUGUAUGCUCUACUUGUAAGACUGAUGCAACUCGAUGUGCCUUUUUAGACUAAUGUUUAUAAUUUAAUUGAUAAAUUAUUUAUGUUUA